GGUUGGCUUGCACCAUCGAAGAACAGCCGAUAUUCCUAUUGUGGAAUGUACAAAUUUGUGAAAUAUUUCUUACUAUCAUGUGCCUUGUAUUUACCCAUUGGCUUGUCCAUAACAUAUAUUACGGAAUUUAGCACUUUUUCACCUGGCGAGCUGUUCACUUCUUUACAGGCUGGUAUUAAUAGUCCAGGAGCCUUCAUGAAAGCUGUUCUGGCUGCACUUAAUGCUUGGCGCUUUCUUGCAGUCAAAGAACAGCUGACUAAUAUCAGCAAGCGAUGGGUAAAAGAUGAAGAGCAAUUGGCAGUUCAUCGUACUGCUAAAUUAUGCAAUCUUGCCUAUCUUUUGUUUUUGGGAAGCUACGUUUCAUUUGGAUCAUUGACUGUACUCACAGCGGUCUUGAGGGGACAAACUCCUUGGCGUAUAUAUAAUCCCGUAUUUGACUGGAGAGCCAACACAUUGUAUUUUUAUAUCGCGACUGGAUUUGAAAUACUAUUCAUGGGAUCAGGAAUAAUGUACAAUCAAGUAAAUGACUGUUAUCCUCUAAUCUUUGCCAUAAUCAUACGCUCAAAUCUGGGUUUGCUCAAAAAUCGUGUUCAAAAUUUACGCACUGAUCCCAAUAGAAGUGAGGAGCAGAACUACGAGGACCUCAAGGAAUGCAUUGUUGAUCACAAGCGAAUAUUGGACAUCUGCGAUACUUUAAGACCAUUUUUUUCAGCAACUAUUUUCAUACAAUUCCUAUUGGUUGGCUUACUCUUCGGUCUGACUAUGAUUAACAUAAUGUUCUUUGCCAAUUUAACAACUGGUAUUUCCUCCGUUUUCUACCUUUGCGCUCUCACCUGUCAGACAUUUCCAUUCUGCUAUACUUGCACUCUAAUUGACGCAGAUUGCGAUGUUUUGGCAUUCUCUAUCUUUAAUUCAAACUGGCUCGAUGCAACUCCACGUUACAAAUCGACUUUGCGGCACUUUUUGCAUAAUGCUCAGAAAAAUAUUACGUUCACGGCUGGGUCAAUUUUUCCCAUAUGUCUCAACACUAACAUAAGUGUGGCCAAGCUCGCAUUUUCGGUUGUCACAUUUGUUAAGCAAAUGAACAUAGUUGAAAAACUCAAUGGAGAGUAGUUGACAAUAUGGAAUACAACAUUUUAAAUUUGAGUUCAACAACUACAUAUAUACAUAAAUAACUAUAAUCCACUUACUACUACUACUUAGUUGCAAUACUUAUGCUUAGAU